GCGAGUCCUGCGUGUCGGGGAUCCCCGGUGCCGAGCGGUCCCGCCGCUGAGCCGCCUCUCCGCACCGCAGCGGCCCUGUCCUGGUCCCGCCAUGGACGAUUUGAUGCUCAACGUGGACUUCGCCGCCCCCGAGUGCCGCCCGAAAAAGGAGCCGGGGAACCGAAAGCACCAGCGCUUCGUGCGGCGGCGGCGAGAGUUGGAGCGCCGAGGGGUCCUGCGGCAGAAGCAGCUCCCGGCGGCAGCGGGCGGACCCCGGCGGGCCCCAGGACGGGGGACGGGGCGCGGCCCGGGGAAGCCGCGCUCGGGCCAGCCCAGGUCGUGCCCCAAAGAGAACGGCCCUGCCGCCGCCCCCCGAUGCCCCCCGGUCUCCCAGAACGGACUCUCCGGGACCGAUGCUUCCGCUAAGACCAAGGCGAAGAGUCGGGGGACGGCUCGGGGCUCUGCCAACGCUGUCGGAGACCCCCCGGCAUCGCAGAACGACUCCACUGGAACUGGUGCUCCCGCUAAAACCAAGGGGAAGGGUCGGGGGGCACCUCGGGGCAACCCCAAGACCGCCGGUGCCCCCCCGGCGCCCCCCAAGCUGGUGGCCAUAGACUGUGAGAUGGUGGGCACGGGGCCCGGCGGGCGCACGAGCGCCCUGGCCCGGUGCAGUAUCGUCACCUACGAGGGCGAUGUCGUGUACGAUCAGUACGUGCGGCCCGAGGCGCCCAUCGUGGAUUACCGGACCCGCUGGAGCGGGAUCCGGCCGCGGCACAUGGCCUACGCCGUGCCCUUUCGCAGGGCACAGCAGGAGGUGCUGCGGGUCCUUGCUGGGAAGGUGGUGGUUGGCCAUGCCAUCCACAAUGACUUCAAGGCACUCCGGUACUCCCACCCCAAAGCUCUCACCCGGGACACGUCCCAGAUCCCCCUGCUGAACCGCCGUGGUGGCUUCCCAGAGAACGUGUCCAUCUCCCUGAAGCGCCUGACCAAAGCCCUACUGAACCAGGACAUCCAGGUAGGAAAAAGUGGUCACUCCUCGGUGGAGGAUGCCCGAGCCACCAUGGAGCUCUACAAGGUGGUGGAGGAGGAGUGGGAGCAGCACCUGCGGCAGAACCCGGAGCAGAAGUGACACCCUGGGGGGCUCAGAGUGACGCCCCCUGCCUGGUCCUGCCUCUGGGAGGGCUCACAGUGAUGCCCCCAGGCCUGGUCUUGCCCCUUGGAGGGUCCUGUGAGUGCUGAGGGGCUGCCCCAGUCCUUGGAUGACAAGGACCCAGGAGUGACGUCCCUCAUCCCCAAACCUGGUGUGCCUUAUUGUGCUGCUGCUGUUCCGUCCUGUUCUCCCCGGGAUGUGGAGAGAGCUUGGGAUGGUGCCUGACCCAAGAGGGGUCUCUGGGACCCUGCACCCCCCAGACACUUUGGGGCUGCUGCUGGUCCUGAUCUGGGAGUGACGCUGGGGCAUCCUGAGUACAGCCCCCAUCCCUGGGGCUUUGGGAAUGGAGCGGGCUCCUUCUUCUUCUCAAAACUACCUCUGUCAGCGCGGGGAGCUGCCGAUGUACCCCGAGACCCAGUGCAGGGGUGGGUGGGACUCAGAUCUCUGUGGAAAGUCCCCACUCAGCUCUGGGAGUUGCUUUGGUGGUUAAGUUCCACCUUCCUCAUUGUGCAAGGGGCGGGACAAACCUGGCCAUGGGGAGUAGCAUCGCCCUGUUUGCGUGCCUGAGCCCCUCCGAGCUGCGAGUCCCCCCCUGGCUGGCCCGGGGACACCCCCGGCACCGGAGGGCGGCCACACCCUGAAGGCG